AUGGAGAAAUCUUCCCUCCGGAGUUGCGUCUUGGGGGUCAGGACAGCUCAGGGCUUUACAAGAUCUAAGUCACCGAGGUCCGCCCUGGCGAUCAGUGUUUCAGCCACUAGCGCACAGCCAGUGAGUGAGCACUUGGCAGGGCGGCCGGCGAGACCUCCCCCGCACUCACCCUUAGCCAGAACUGGCAAGAGCCCGUGGCAGGUCGGGAAAGAGGCACAGGAAGACGGGAAACUGAGCGCAGUCCCACAUCCCUCGCCGCUCCCGCGGGUGCAGCGGGCGAGCUCCGGGCGCCUCUGGGCUCCGGGCAGUUGCCACCGGGGACUUGCCGGCGAGCUGAGGGCUGCGCGGUCCCGACUCCCCGGACGACUCGCCAGGGGGCUCGGCCUCCUCGCCCCAAGAGACCUGCUCCUCGCCGCGGGGGCGCCCUCGCCCGGCUGCCCGCAGAGGGCCGGUCCCAGCAGGCUGCUCCGGGGCGCCGCAGUUCUCCCUCAUCCGCCCGGAGCCUCGGCGGCUGGGCGCUCCCGUUGGAUUCCUCCUCACUCCGGGUCCAGGGCGCCGGCGGGCGGGGAUCCCCACCCUCCAGCCCUGUUUGUCUCAGGAGACCCACCCCUGGGUGUAAGCCCGGCCUCCCUCCCUCAGCGCUCGCAGCAACUGCCCGCGCGGCCCAAGAUCCCCGGACAAUCCCCAACGGCCCCCAGCCAGCUCCCCAAAGGCACCCAGUCAGCCCCCAAGGGAAUCCAGCCAAUCCCAACGGACCCGGGCCAAUCUCCACCGGUUCCCAGCCAAUCCCUAACGGCACGCAGUCAGCCCCCAAGGGAAUCCAGCCAAUCCCAAUAUCCUGGCCAAUCCCCGGAGGAACGCCCCCAAAGGCCUCCAGCCAAUCCCCAAUGGCCCCCAGCCAGUCCCAAAGUCCUCCUGCCAAUUUCCAACGGUCUCCAGCCAGCCCUCAAAGGCUUCUAG